AUGCUCAACAAUGGCAGUGUGAUGAGAAGUGAAAGUUAUGCUUCCAAAGGAAUAGAACGCUUUAUUUUCACCAUUCAAGAGAUCAACAAGAAUAUCCAGCUCCUGUGCAAUUUCACACUUGGCUACAACAUCCAUGACAACUAUUUGAACACCCUUGGCACUUCAGAAGUCUUGCUGGACAUGCUCUCUACUGGAGAAGCCAAUGUUCCCAACUACAGCUGUGGAAAGAAGGACAACGUUUUGGCUCUUCUUGAUGCAGCUGACAGAGAGAUUUCCCUCCAGAUGUCAACAUUAGUAAGCCCCUAUAAAGUCCCACAGUUCCAUCUCUUUCUGGAGAAGAAUGAGUUCUACAAUCUUUCCCACUGGUAUCUUUACAUGGACCAUAAUGGAGAAAUAGCUGCAGAUAUGGACAUCGAAUUCAUGGUGAUUUCACCUGAUGGGGAUUUGAUCAAAAGGAAACUGGGGAGUAUAGAACGACAGAGAGUUAUUAUUAAUGAAAUUGCUCUUUCAUGGAUAAAUAUGGUCAACAAGUCUCUGCCUCAAUCGCAAUGUGUGGAAAGUUGUCAUCCUGGAUUUGUCAAGCGGAAGCGAGAAGGAGAGCCCGCUUGCUGCUACGACUGCAUUCCUUGUCCUGAGGGGACCAUCUCCAUUCAUGAAGGACAUAUCCAGAAAGUGAUGCUGGAGGAAGAUGCUCCAAUACGCAGGGAAUUGAUUUCUGCUGUCCGCCAUUCUGGCAUAUGGUCUCCAGAGAAUGCUAGAGAAGGAAUAGAACGUUUUAUUUUCACCAUUCAAUUGAUCAACAAGAAUAUCCAGUUCCUAUGCAAUCUCACACUUGGCUACAAUAUCCAUGACAACUAUUUGAAAACUCUUGGCACUUCGGAUGUCUUGCUGGACAUGCUUUCUACUGGAAAAGCCAAUGUUCCCAACUACAGUUGUGGAAGAAAGGACCACAUUUUGGCUCUUCUUGAUGCUGUUGACAGGGAGAUUUCCAUCCAGAUGUCAACAUUAUUCCAUCUCUUUCUGGAGAAGAAUGAGUUCUACAAUCUUUCCCACUGGAAUCUUUACAUGGGCCAUAAUGGAGAAAUAGCUGCAGAUAUGGACAUUGAGUUCUUGGUGAUUUCACCUGAUGGGGAUUUGAUGAAAAGGAAACUGGGGAGUAUUGAAAGACAGAGAGUUAUUAUUAACGAAUUUGCUCUUUCAUGGAUAAAUCUGCUCAACAAGUCUCUGCCUCAGUCCCAAUGUGUAGAAAGUUGUCAUCCUGGAUUUGUCAAGCGAAAGCGAGAAGGAGAGCCUGCUUGUUGCUAUGACUGUAUUCCUUGUCCUGAGGGGACAAUCUCCAUCCAUGAAGAUACAGAAAAAUGCACCAAGUGUCCAGAUGAAAAAUAUCCAAAUGAGGACAGAAUUCAGUGUAUCCCCAAAGUUAUAUCCUUCCUUUCUUAUGAAGAAUAUCUGGGAAUCAUUCUGAUCUCUUUUGCCCUAUUCUUGUUCUUAGCAACAGGCCUUGUUUUAACCAUAUUCAUUAAACAUCUAGAAACUCCCAUUGUGAAAGCCAACAACAGAGACCUCUCUUACAUCCUCCUGGUCUCCCUCCUACUUUGCUUUUUAUCUCCUUUUCUCUUCAUUGGGCAACCAAGGGAAGCCACUUGCCUUCUCCGACAAACAGUUUUCAGCAUCAACUUCUCAGUUGCCAUUUCUUCUCUCUUGGCCAAAACCAUCACAGUGGUGCUGGCUUUCCUGGCCACAAAACCAGGAAACCAAGUGAAGAGAUGGUUGGGGAAGAGCUUGGCCAACUCCAUCAUCCUUUCUUGUUCUAGUGCCCAAAUUAUGAUCUGUUCCAUCUGGCUUGGAGUUUCUCCCCCAUUUCGUGACUCAGACUUUCAUUCCCAACCUGGAGAGAUCAUCCUGCAAUGCAAUGAAGGCUCUGUUUUCAUGUUCUACAUCACUCUCGGCUACAUGGGCUUCUUGGCUGCCAUUUGCUUCACGGUGGCAUUCCUGGCCAGGAAUCUCCCUGGAGCCUUCAAUGAAGCUAAGCUGAUUACCUUCAGCAUGCUGGUCUUCUGCAAUGUCUGGGUCUCCUUCCUACCCACCUACCUGAGCAGCAAGGGGAAAUACAUGGUGGCUGUGCAGGUCUUCUCCAUCUUGGCCUCCAGUGCUGGUCUGCUGGUCUGCAUCUUCAUCCCCAAGUGCUACAUUAUCAUUCUGAGGCCAGACUUGAAUACAAAGGAGCAUCUUACAGCCAAAAGAAAUGUAUAA